AUGAAGAACACAGAGAAGGUUCUCAAAGCCAAUAUCAUGGAUCUCAAUAUCGAACAUAUCAAGCUCAAGGAGACCAAGCUCAUGGGGAUCAAGCUCAAGGAAGUCAAGUUCAAGGACAACAUCCUCAAGAUGAAGAUCCAAAAUCACCAAUUGAUGGUAUUUAUUUAUAUUCUUAAGUAA